UUGUAUUGAAGAUGCGCUCGCUGAGUUUCGGCUCUCUUGCUCACUUGCUGUGCCGUUCUCUUUUCCUCUCUCCCACACGCACAUGUUGUGCCUCUCUCGUGCUUUCUUUUCUUUUUUGGCUAAUCGUGUGCUGCCUGUUGCUGCUCGCAGUCACAAUGUCAAGCGCUUCGCACGUACCAGAGCUGCAGCUAGAUAAUGUGUCUGCUGCCACGGCCACCAUGGAACAAGUGGAGUUGGAGGAUGAGCUUCCAGUGAAGCCGCAGCUGCGCUUCUAUAGCGUUGGCCCCAGCACCUAUCGCGUGCUCUGCCCGCUCUGCCAGCAUCGUUCGCGCUCCGAGACAGUACAAAUGACUGGAGCUUUCGGUCAGCUAAGCUGCCUGCUCUCUGCCUUGUCCUGUUGCUUUCCCAUCUUUGCGCUGAGCUGCGUCUAUACCUGUCUGCAGAGUCGUCUGAAGAGCAAGCGAGUCUUUUGCAGUAGCUGCGGCGGACAUCUGGGCUUCCACUGGCGUCCCAUUUAGUUAUAGUUUAUUAUAUUUUUGCCACACUUUUCGCAAAUGCUCUAAAAAUAAUAAUAAAAAAAACAAAU